CGUCGUUCCUCUUUUCGGAUUUUGCCUGCCCGCUCUCCCUUUUUUCCAUUCAACCCCUUGGAUCCGCCAGCCCAGAGAAAAAGACAGCCAAAUUGUGCCAAUCGAAUGCCGAAUGAACACGUGUGGCCGAUUGGCUUUGUUUCGGGCGUUUGCCCAGCGAGCGCGUAAAUGCACAGCCAGUCAGUCGCCUUUUUAGGGGAGAGAGGGCGAUUGGCGUCUUACAUGCAUGAGAAAAGGACUUAAAAAGUCAAAUUAAACACAUCCCAUACAAAGCAAGCCUCAUUGUAGAAAUAUGACAACAAACAAUUCAUUUUAAUUCCUUUUCUGCCCAUCAACACCCAGACAAGCAACAAACAUUUUCACACAACAUGUCUACUAACGAUCCAUUUGCAGAUCGUAAUGCGCUGGACGCUAAUCCAUUCGCUGAUCCUUCAGUAAGAAAUGCACUUUCAUCUUCUGAUCGUGCAUAUGACGAAUAUGACUCAAAACCUUAUGGCGGUCAAGAUGAUGAAUCAAUCGCUGCACCACGUUUAGACAGAGGUGAUGGAGGUGCAUCAAACAACAGAUUGGAAGAUAUACAGAGAAGAGAACGUGAAUUGGAACAACGUGAACGUGAUUUACAACAACGAGCUGAUCAUAUUCAAAAACAUGGAAGGAAUAAUUGGCCUUUCUUUUUCCCGCUCAUCUAUCAUGACAUUCAAGCAGAAAUCCCACCGGGAGAUCUGCAAGUUGCAAUGACGCACAUCUACUAUUUAUGGUUAUUGCUGGUAGCAACCCUAAUCAUCAAUUUGGUCGCUUGCGUUUUCAUCGGUGUAAAAGAAUUGAUUUCGGCUAUCGUUUAUUUGAUCUUCAUCACGCCAACAAGUUUCAUGCUAUGGUAUAGACCGGUUUAUAACGGUUUCAUGAAAGAACAUUCUUUGUUCUAUUAUAUGUAUUUCAUCUUUGCAGGUUUUCAUCUAGCUUGGUCAGUUUACGUUUUCCUUGGUAUUCCCGAAACUGGAAGUGCGGCUCUUUUAUCAACCAUCAAUUCUUUCAACGAUCAUAAAUUGGUUGCAGGAAUUUUGGGGAUCAUCGUCACAAUCGGGUUCACGUUACAGGGAUUGGGAAAUCUUUGGUACUACAAACAGAUCUGGAAGCACAACCACGAACAAGGUCAUACAUUCGCACAAGCAAGAGCAGAAUUGGCAUCUCAUGGCGCCAAAGCAUACUUUACCAGAGGAUCAAAUGUUUAAGGCUCGGAAAAAAUGGGCCUCAAUGCAGAAAAUGACAUUCUCUUAUCUGCAAAAUUACCAUGCUUACCUUCAGAAACGAAACAAUAAAAAUGUACUGCCUCACGCAAGAAGAUUCUUCUUCCUUUCCUCUACCUCAUUUGUGUUAGAUAAUGUUUUUCCCAUACCUCGAAAGAAUGUGUAUUAUUCAAUUGUGUCACUGUAGAUUCGUGUAUCCACAGGAUUUAUUUUGGAGUCAAAGAUUUGUUUACAUUUAAGUUACUGUUAAAAUGGAAACAUU